CAAUAAAUAAAACGUAUAUUUUACUCAUUUUUACACCUCCAAGAAACCACUAAUCAUCAACAAUGGCAGCGACAAUGCCCAUAAAUCCCAAACCAUUCCUCAAUGGUCUCACCGGAAAGCCAGUGAUGGUUAAACUCAAGUGGGGACACGAGUACAAAGGCUAUCUAGUCUCUGUCGAUGGCUACAUGAACCUCCAACUAGCCAACACCGAGGAACACGUCGAUGGGGUGUGCACAGGAAACCUCGGGGAGGUUUUAAUUCGGUGUAACAACGUCAUGUACAUAAGAGGAGUCGAGGAGGAGGACGAGGAGGGCGAGAUGAAGGAUUAACUUACGCUAAUUUGUAUUAAAAUAAUUCAUUUGUAAUAAAAUAACUCUUAAAUCCA